AUGGAAGGAGUUGCAGCUUACUGUUGCAGUACUUUUAGAAGCCUCGAACUAAAACAUGGCCACAGCUGCUGGAUCACCAUUGUGGAGGGGAGACCCUUCCACAAGACAAUCGUGGCCACAGCAAUGACCAGGAAGAGAGGUUGGGGUUCCACGGGCAGAUAUGUGUGGCCAGCACUCACGUUGCCAGUAGUCUCCCAACAUCCAUUGCCAUUGCUGAUUUUUCACAUUAUCGGCGCACGGCUGGGAUCCAGAGCAGCAGGGCCCCCUUUGACACCUGAGGGGCAUGAAGUUUCACCAUUAGAAGUGUCACACCAUCUCCGCCAGGCAGGCACCAGCGCAGAUACUAGCACCUUGGUGGACAUUAUAUCUUUGGCCAGUGUCCCAGGUCACAGCGGUGAGGGCAUUUCACAGUCGCUGGAGCAGCUGGCGGAUUCAGAGAGUGCUGACGGCGCCUGCAAUCGGAGGACUGAAGAGACCCAGGCACAUGCUCAGCCUGUGGCAGAUGAUGAGCCUCUGGAGUCAUGGGCGAUGCAGCCAAGUGCUGAUAUGCGGCCGGGUGUUCGGGAACAUUUGGUGGAGAUACAUGAGGGUCUGCUCGGUGUCAGCAGUGGAGGAGUCUACGUGGGCCAUGGCCGAUGCAUUGAGCAUCUUGGCUGAGCGCCAAGCUUCCUCCAUGGAGAGAUUGGCGAUUCUCAUGGAGAUGCAGCUCCAGGGUCAGGAUCAGGGGUUCCUGGGGUUGCGUGCCUUGACAGGGGCAUUGACCUCAUCUGGUCAGUGCCCAUGUGGGCAGUGGUUUGGCCACCAGGUAUCCCACCUCGGUGCCCAUCCAUUUACGGUGAGCAGGGAGGGCCAAAUGGACCUCACGUCAGCGGAGCA